UUGAUUGAUUGUGGUCACGUGGGUUCCAUCAAAGAUGGCGGCCCCCAUGGUGAAGAUUGCCAUGGCAGCCCGGGCCUACAGUUCGGGGGUCCACAGCGCCCUCUGGAAGUUGGGGACCCUCAACCACGUCGCGAUCGCCGUGCCAGAGAUGGAGGUGGCCCGUUCCUUCUACCGGGAUGUGCUGGGCGGCCGGGUGAGCGAGGCGGUGCCGCUGCCCGAGCACGGCGUCAGCACGGCCUUCGUGGAGCUGGGCAACACCAAGCUGGAACUGCUGGAGCCGCUGGGCGACCGCAGCCCGAUCCUCGGCUUCCUGCGCAGGAACAGCCAGGGCGGCGUCCACCACAUCUGCAUCGAGGUGGACCACCUGGCCGACGCCGUGGAGCAGCUGCGGGUCCGCCGGGUGCGCACCCUCAGCCCCGAGCCCCAGAUCGGAGCCCACGGCAAACCCGUCAUCUUCCUCCAUCCCAAGGACUGCGGCGGCGUCCUGGUGGAGUUGGAGGAGGCGUGAGUCUCGGCCAUAACCUCAUCAUCUCCCUCCCUGAAGGCAGCGGCACCUGAACACACAUACUGACCGACACCGGUGGCUCUAAGUCCCUCCACGGAUGCUGCCUGCUGAAGGUUUCCACCACUGCUUCAACUUCACACUCUUCUCACCUACAACCCCCAGCCCGGUCAAUCCAGAUAUGCAGGAAGGAACUGCAGAUGCUGGUUUACACCAAAAAUAGACACAAACAUACGGGAGAGAAGGAAUGAGGCUUCACCUCAGGCGUCUGAGCUUCAUCCAAGUCUGCUGGAGAACUGGCAACACAGAUAUGCUGGGACCAACUCAUCUGUCUGGGCAGCAUCUGUGAGAAGACUAGUUUCACUCGAAAUCAUUAACGCUCUCUUUCCACAGAUGCUACCUGCCUGACCUGUUGAGUACUUCCAGCCAUUUCUGCUUUAACUUCACAGUAACCCAUUAUCCAACUGCCCCCUCUCCCCAAUUUCAGAUCACCGGCAUCUGCAGUCUUUAUUUUUCUACUGGCAUGAAGCAGAUGAAAUAUUUUGUGUUCUGUGGUUAAUUUAAUUUGAAAGUUGAUGUGGUUCAAGUUGGACUCAAUCCUCACAGGACAGUUCCUCACCAAGAAUGGUCAUAUGACCAGAAGAUUUUGUCUCCAUUGAUCACAAGGAGAGAUGAGUAAAGAUUCCAAUAAUUUAUUGAAAGUAAACAAAAAUGUUGGAGAAACUCAGACCGAAGAAGGGCCUUGACCCAAAACAUCACCUUUGCUCCAUAGAUGCUGCCUCACCCACUGAGUUUCUCCAGCAUUUUUAUCUACCUUUGAUUUUUGCAGCUCUUUAAACUAUAAUUUAUUGAUAUAAUUUAGCCAUGGGUUUAGACAUAGAUUUAUAUGUCUACAACAUUUUUGGUCAUAACCACCUUCAAGAUCAAUAUGAAUAAAGGUUGGGAGUACUAUUUGUGGACAACUUGUUUCUCUUCUGUUAAAUAUACUGGACAAAUUCAAAUAUUAAAUUAACAUGAGCGUUGUUCAAAAUGUUGGCAGUUCUAAAUAGCCUUUAAACAAAAUUAAGUCAACUCCUUCAAGAAGUCAUUUGUUUCGGUUAGAAUACUGAGGGAACACUCCAAGAUGUGAGCAAAAUGGUGGCAUUGUGAAAUGUGGGGGAAAUACAACCGGAAAAACACUUGCCUCCUAGGAAAACAAAAAUGUGCAUGGAGCAUUAAUGUUUUUUUUAAAUCUGAUAUUACUUCUCCAUUCACAUUCUUUUUCAAAAUUCUCCUACCUCCAACUGACAUACUUAACCAAGACCAACAGGAAAAUUGCAUACAAUAGUUAUUUCUUAAGAUGGAUGCUUCCCUGACAAAUUGUUGAUGCUUAAGAACAAAACAUGAACAAAUAUUAAGGGGUUGCAGGCCCAGAUUACUGAUCAGUGCUUCUCAAUCUGAAAAUGGGCUCACCUAGUACUAAUUAAUAGUGGUCUUGAGCUUAUGCAGCAAGGUUCAAUUGUCAGAAAAUUACACCUUGCGAGGCAAUUUAGUUUAUUCUUUCACUGGUUUUUUUUAUAUAGCCCCACAAAGGCAUCCAUUUCAAGAAUCUUUUCAACUCCCUACUAGCUACUAUCAAAUCUUCCACCACUCUUUCAAAGUGAUUUUAAAACCUCUUUACUUCCUGUGAAGCAGAAGGCUGUGGAGGCCAAGUCAAUGAACAUUUUUAAGGCAGCGACAGAUAGAUUCUUGAUUAGUACAGGUGUCAAGGGCUAUGGGGAGAAGACAGGAGAAUGGGGUAGAAUGGAAAGAUAGACCAACCAUGGUUGAAUGAUGGAGUCGAUUUGAUGGGCCGAAUGAUCUAAUUCUGUUCCUAUCACUAAUGAACUCGGGAACUAUUUAAUUAUUUUGCCAGUUAUCUUAAAUUCCUCUUGUAAGUUCCCCCGUUUAUUAAUCUUUCAAUUAUAAACACCAGUAUUAAAUACCUCUUAUCAACAAUG